AUGGUCAUCGCCUCUCAGCAACCCCAUAUCGCUCGGACUACCGACCGCAAGAUAUCUUUCCUGUCUGAGGUCCUCGUCCAAAUCGGCAAGGCAAAACUUGCUCUCGAUAUUAUCCCGGAUGACGCACAAGAGCAUAAAUACUAUGCCUUCACGACCAGAUUUCUUUCCUGGAUCGCUCAGACUACCACUGGGCUUCCGCGGCCCCGCGUUACGAGCCAUGUCGGGCAGUCGACUGUGUCGACGCCAGCCACAGCCACGGUGGAGCCCCCUUGGCUUGACGUUAACCCCCAAGGAAAGUUAACCAGGGGCGAUUAUCGAUGGGCAGUGCAUAGAGGAAUAGCGGAGCAGGACAGUAUCAUUAAUUACCCUGGAGAACGGGGCGAGCAAUCGCUUUCCACGCCCGACGUCAGCGCCGUGUUUUCUGACUGUCCAGAACCGGACGCGGAACCGGAACCAGAACAGCAGCCAACUAUCAGCAAUGUUCGGCGAGCUCGGCUCCCUCUUCCUCCCUCUUUCCGCGAUCAGGAGCCUUUCGUGCCGCUUCAACAGAAACCAGUGAUGAAGCGGGAUCCCUCAACGGCUCCUGAUAAACCGCGUGAAAUGGAAACCACCUCUCAAUCGCCUGACUUCAUCAUUUUUCUGUACACCAUGGACCCGGUGCUCGGCAUCUGGAAUACCCAGCCCAUUUUCGCCGUUGAAAACAAGCGGAAGAUCACAACCGAGGGCGAAUAUGAGCUGCUAGCCGGCCAGGUUAGGAAGCAAGCCAAGUUUAUGUUUGCUGAAUACCCGGCGCUGCAAGGCACGACGCUCUCAACGCUCUCUCUUGUUGGUGGCGAAUACAGGUGGUGUGAUUGGAGGUGGAAUAGCGGGUCGAAGGAGCCAGUGCUUCAAAAUCCACAGGUCGAGCCAUUUCGGCCAUUAUUCGUGCAGGAAAAGGUAGACGGGCCUGAUGGCAUUGUUAUCACGUAUGAUGACGUGGCAGAGGAUUUCAAGAGGCGCUGGAAAAAGCUUGCUUGCAGGCACUAUUUACAAUGCAAUAGCUUCUACCAUGCCUAA